GUGUUUUAUCGUUGUUACUUGUUAUUUAUUUCUCGAAAGUGUGACGCUGAAUGCUGAUGUCUUUCUUCUUAGAACAAUCAAAUAAAGAAGUAAAAAAAAAGUUGAUUGUCUAAUACUUUGCAAGUUUGCGACCGUUUUUGUUUUAUACGCUAUAGUCAUUAGUAGAUAGAUCUACGAGAACAAUAAUGUCUAGCGAUUCGAUUAAAACAUUCAACAAUGUGGAGUCCCCUGGAUUCGUAGGUUUUGCCAAUUUGCCGAAUCAAGUACACCGCAAGUCCGUGAAAAAAGGCUUUGAAUUCACGCUUAUGGUGGUCGGCGAAUCAGGUCUAGGAAAGUCUACACUUGUCAACAGCCUUUUCUUAACAGAUUUAUAUCCCGAACGCGCCAUUCCAGAUGCGAUUGGUAUGUAUUUAAUUAUUAAAUCAUAUUUCUUUGUAUUUUUACAAAUUUUUUUUAUUAAAUUAGCAAAAACCAAGCAGACUGUUAAAUUAGAUGCAUCAACUGUAGAAAUUGAAGAGCGUGGUGUGAAAUUACGACUUACUGUAGUCGAUACUCCUGGUUUUGGAGAUGCCAUAGAUAAUUCGGAUAGUUUUCGAGCUAUUAUUCAAUAUAUUGAUGAGCAGUAUGAACGAUUUUUAAAAGAUGAAAGUGGAUUAAACAGACGUCACAUUAUUGAUAAUCGUGUUCAUUGUUGUUUCUAUUUUGUUUCUCCAUUUGGUCAUGGAUUAAAGCCAUUGGAUAUUGAACUAAUGAAAAAACUGCAUAAUAAAGUGAACAUUGUUCCUGUCAUUGCCAAAUCAGAUGUUCUUACUAAAAAGGAAAUACAAAAAUUAAAAAAAAGAAUAUUAGAAGAAAUAAAUGCUAAUGGUAUAAAGAUUUACCCUCUACCCGAUUGUGACAGUGACGAAGAUGAAGACUAUAAAGAACAGGUUAAGCAAUUAAAAGAAGCUGUACCAUUUGCUGUUUGUGGUGCAAAUCAAUUAUUAGAAGUUCGUGGUAAAAAAGUCAGAGGGCGGUUCUAUCCUUGGGGUGUUGUCGAAGUAGAAAAUCCUGAACAUUGUGACUUUAUCAAAUUACGCACUAUGCUUAUCACACAUAUGCAAGAUCUUCAAGAAGUAACACAAGAAGUACAUUAUGAAAAUUACCGAUCAGAGCGUCUAGCAAAAGGAGUACCUGUGCCAAAAAGAACUACAUCACUACCUGAACAUGAGAAAAAUUCUGGCUCAGAAAAAGACAGAAUUUUACAAGAAAAAGAGGCUGAACUUAAACGUAUGCAAGACGUCAUUGCCAAAAUGCAAGCUCAAAUACAACAACAAACACCUUAAUAUAUUAACCAUUUACAAUUUUUUUCAAAUGACUGUCUUGAGAAAAAAAAUCUCAUGAUUCUAUUAUGCCAUUAUUCAAACUAUUUUAUUCGUAUGAUUCGUAUAAUUUCAGAUUAAAUUAUAACUUUACA